AUGAUUCCUGAUUUAUAAUAUUGUUUAUUUUUUAUAUUAUUAUUGUUAAGACAUUUAUUUGAAACCUAGAGAUAAAGACGGUUCAAAUGAAAAUCUUAGAGUUGUCAUAAGAGCUAGACUACCAAUAGCUAGAGAAAUCAUAGAAGGCAAAUUUAUAUCAACUAUAAGUGUAUUAUUACUUAAACAAAAGUUAUAAGCAGCACCAGAUAAUUAAUAACUGUGUAUCUUUGAUUAUCAUGCUAUUGAAACGGUUCAUGAUGAAGAUUUUGAAGCUUUAGCCAUUAAUUUACAUUUGAUUAUGUUUAUGAUUAAGAGAGCACUUAACUUGAAGUAUAUGAGACUACUGCUGCCCAAUCUGUCAAUUCUACACACUAGUACUCUAUGGAAUACCUAUACAAGGGAUAUAAUUCCACCAUUAUGGCUUAUGGUUAGACAGAAACUGGAAGAACUUACACUAUGCAUGGAUUUUCAUUUACUCCCAAUUCUGAUUAAUUAGGAAUCAUACCACGAUCACUUCAUAGUAUUUUUACCCACAUUUAAAUAAAAUCUAAUUCUAGUACUACAUUCAUGGUUAGAGCAUCAUAUUUAUAAAUUUAUAAUGAAUCUAUUAGAGAUCUUCUUUGAUCUGAUCAUUAAUUGUUAAAUAUUAGAGAAGAUAAAAAAAGAGGAGUUUUUGUUGAAAAUUUAUCAGAAUGGGCUGUUUGUUUUCCACCUGAAAUUUAUUAAUUUAUGGGUAGAGGUAAUGCUAAAAGAGUUACUGCAAGCACCAGAAUGA